CGGCUGGUGCAUUGCAGAAAUCAGGAGCUCUCUACCUUUUCUUCUCAUCGAGAAAAUAUAUGAAUUGCAUCUCGUGCCAAGGAUGCCUCCUCCCACCCCCAAUCACUGGCUACCUCCGGUACAGUGAAAGCUGCCCCCUUUGCCAAAAGUCACAUUUUUGGAUGGCUACUAGUUUCGUGUAUUUAUGGUGCGUGAGUCAUCAGGCUCCUUUCCGAUUGGCUGCAGACUUAAAACACCCCUGGGAUUGCCAGUCAGUUACAGCCAUUCUCAGCUUCAUUCACAGGUUUAUUUAGCUUGCACACAGUGAGAUCCAUUCAGAAAACUUCAUUCAUAAAAAAAAAAAAGGAGAAGAAGAAGGAGAAGGAGACGAAGACGAUGAGAAAAGGCAACAUUCUUUCUGUCAAAUUUCAAAGGAGUCGGUCAUCCUAAUCUGGAGAUUAGGAAAAAGAGCGAAGGGAUGGCUCCAGAGAACGAUGGAGAGACUUUUUGGUAAUGUUUCCAUUGACUGAUGGUUUUUCUGCUGUGCCAGAAUAUCAAUCUCUGCGGAGUAUUUGAGGCUCAUUAUGCUACUGUGGGGUCUUUAAGGACGAGCAAGGUGUUUUUUUGUGUGUGUUUUUUUUGCAGGCAGAAACUGAGUUUUGUUCAUAGAACACGUUAACCUGGACUUUUUUCCUGCCAGCUGCCUUUGUCGGGAUUUCAUUUUAAUUUCAGAGAAGUACUUUUUCCCACCUCAACUGAUCAAGUCAUUGAUAAUCAAUUUGGAACAAGGCAACUUUCUUUUUAAAAAUAUAUAUCUUGCUGUUGUUUUUCAAGAAAGAGAUUUCUUGUGUCUUCGUCUUUUAAUACUUAUUUUUUUUUUUUUUUAAAGGUAGCUGGGUCUUUAACAUUAAUCCUACGCAGAAUCGUGGCAUUGAGUGCUGAAAAACUAAGGAGAAUUUGGCGUUUGCUUGCUUGAAAUUAUUCUACCUGUUCAGAUGAAACAGACGUAGCUUUGGGAUCUGGGCUUCUUUGUAUGGGUUUCACUUUGAUUUAAUUUCAAACAAUUAAAUGACCGGGCAAACUGAAACAGGGUUGAUGAAGAGGAAGAAACAUUCCGGAGAUGUUUUAAGAGCACCCACAGUGACCAGAAACCCUGUUUUUUUAUUUUUUCUAUUCAAAAUUAUUUUGAUCUGUCUGGUUCCGUAUUUUUUUUGGUCACUCAUAAGAAGGCAGCUGAGUUAAGGGUGGGGGAACCAGGAGAUUGAGUUACAAAACUUUGCAGGCUAUGAGAGAACCCAUUCUCUGUUGCUCGAGUGCCCAACUACUGGAUGUAGGAUUCUUAAGAGAAUCAGGAAUGCUCCACAGGACUAAAUAUAGUCGUUUCAGAAAUGAAUCCCUCACCUCACUGGAGGAAGACACGUCGAGAGAUCUUCUUCGCCUGAAGGCCUCUUCAGCUUCUCCUUCCAUUACAUCUAACACACUCACUGAAGAUGUCCCAGUUGGUACCUCGGACAGCUCCAUUUCUUUGUGCACCUUGGUACCUCGCAUGGCGAACGUUAAGCUGGCCAAUCCUUCCACCUUGCCAACCCUGAAGAACUUCUGCUUACGGACGAAAGAAGUGCCAAGGUUUAAACUCACGGAAUGCGUCACUGUCCAGACCAACCCCACCGUUCCAGAAAUCGGCUUAAGCAGCUCCUUGUCUUCUGCUUAUUCCCUGGGAGACCCAGACAAGGCAUUCAGGUCCAAGCCAAACAUCCAAGAGAACUGUGUUUUGUUAGCUGUGGGAGACUCUGCCUUCCUUUCUAAACCAAGCAAAGAUCUUGGACAAAAGGGUGAAUCCAGCUUGGAGACCGGGAUAUCCUACUUUGCCCGGUAUAUGGGCUGCAUUGAAGUCCUGCAAUCAAUGAGGUCUUUGGAUUUUGGUACUCGGACCCAAGUAACCAGGGAAGCAAUAAGUCGUCUGUGUGAAGCUGUGCCAGGAAUACAUGGGAACACCAAAAAACGGAAGCCUCCGGCUAAAUUUCUUUCUCCUGUGCUUGGCAAAAGCAAUCUUCAGUUUUCUGGCACACAUAUAAAACUGACCAUCUCAACAACCAGUCUUACUUUAUUGAACACCGACAGCCAGCAGAUUAUUGCAAAUCAUCAUAUGCAGUCCAUUUCAUUUGCCUCUGGAGGGGAUCCAGAUACUACGGAUUAUGUCGCCUACGUUGCUAAAGAUCCUGUUAAUCAAAGAGCAUGCCAUAUUUUGGAAUGUCCCUCUGGAAUUGCUCAAGAGGUCAUCAAUACCAUCGGACAAGCUUUUGAGCUCCGGUUCAAACAAUACCUGAAAACUCCUCCUGCUUUGAUUGCUUCCAAAGAAAGAGAAGGGGUGAAUCUUGAUGGAUCCACCUGGAAUAUUCAAGAGAAGGAAGACUGUGGGUACUAUAAUGAAAUUCCUGGGAAGGAACCUCCUGUAGGUGGGCUGUCUGAUGUCAGGCUGAAGAUAAUCCCGGAAGAAAGGAUCAACCGUCCCAUCCCUACUGAGCAGCAACAAUGUGGAGAUGAUAGUCCCAGUUCUAAGCAGCUUUAUGAAAACUGCCCGGAUGAGCACAGAGCACUAGAAGCCUCAGAAACUGCAGAGCAGAAAGGAUCCGGUGACAUGGCAGGGCUCGGAUGCAUCACAGAUGCAAAGACACCUCUUUGGAAUGAAGAAUGUUAUCACGGGAAGAUAUCCAGGAGACAAGCUGAGAAUCUCUUAAGAAACAAUGGAGACUUCCUGGUACGGGAGAGUACAACCUCACCUGGCCAAUACGUCCUGAGUGGGCUGCAAGGAGGACAAGUGAAACAUCUCUUGUUGGUGGAUCCUGAAGGCAAGGUUAGAACCAAAGAUCAUACAUUCGAUAAUGUGGAUCAUCUUAUCCGCUACCAUAUGGAGAACAAGUUGCCAAUUAUCUCCUCUGGAAGUGAAUUAAGGCUCUGCCAGCCUGUAAGGAAAGGGUUAGGGGCAGCUGCCUUCUAAGAAAUAAUUUUGUUGACUCGUAUUCUUUUCAAGAUCAUUCUUUUGUCACCGUCCCCUCAACAUCCCUAGUGAUUUAGUCUGGAUUCAUUUCCUGCGCACAGAAUUCGACAAAGAAUAGGAGACGCCUCUUUGUGUGUUUGUCUAGGUCUCCGUCCAAUGCGUUUGUCUAAUCGAUAUUUCUCAUCCUCAACCAUUUUAAGUUGUGUGGACUUCAAUUCCCAGAAUUUCUGAGUCAACAUGGCUGAUUGGGGAAUGCUAGGAGCUGGAGUCCAAACGUUCUUGGAGUGGGCGGAGAUUGAGAAACUUGAAUUUAAUCCCACCUCUAUGUUGCAUCUGACUAGCGACAAGUAUUUUACUUUUGCAAAACAUAUCCCUGGAGAGACCAAGAGGCUGGGGAGAAAUCAAGAGCCAGAGGUACUCAGAAAACAUUUUGAAGAGAUCAGAAAAAGAUGUCAAAGCACAAACCAACCUUCCCGAAGCAAAACUUACUUGAAGAUGUGCCUUUUAAUGUAAGAGAUUUGGGGAAAAUGACUCAUAUUUUUACCAGAGCUGUGGGUUGUUUUUUUUUUAGCUGAUAAAUUAAUUUGAGUCGUUCCUGGGCUGAUUUCAAGCAGCUUGAGAAAGACUGAACUUGAUUUGCAUUUGGAUGAGAGACCACAAGGAAAUCUCAGCACUGUAGCUCGGUCUGGGAACUCAAAAAACCAUUCUGAAAAGGACCACGGAAACCACGUGUCUCUUGCUGCCAAGGAAAUGACAUUUGUGUGUCCAUGAUGUCAACAGGCAUCAAAAGCUCAGUUCAUUUUGUAAAAUAUACUUUUAUUAAAGAUGCUAAGAAUAGAAGGCAAAAACUAAUAGAAAUGAAUAUAGAAUGAGAAAAAGAAGAGAAAUUAAAGAACCAGCUAAAAAGUGCAUGAAAGAAAAAAGUAAACAGAAUAGAAAAGAAAGAAAAAAGUUGCUCCCGAUGUUUGAAACACUUAUAAGUACAAUUAUAAAUUUACCUCUUGCUCUGUGGUUACGGUAUAACUCUUCCCCCCCUAUAAUUUAUUCUGUCUAAUCAGCAAAACCAUAAAUCGUUAUUUUUGUUUCUGUUUCAUGCAACAAAGUCUAAGGGAUUUGCAGUCAGCAAUAAACAGAUUAUUUUAUUAUUAAAGAUCCUCACCAAUCUACCUGAUGCUAACUGCUAAUUGGACCAGUUAUAGGUUGCUAGUUUUUAAAUGAGGCGGCAAUGCUUACUAAGUUUAUAGAUGGAAAUUAGUUAUCAUUUUGAAGCGGAUGCUAACAAUGUGGUAGAUUUAGACUUAUUAUGCAAUCCUAUCAUAUAUUGCAGUUCUACCAGGAUGCCAAAGGGUUUGCAAAAACUUAAUCUGCAAAAUGUUUGCCUACUGGCCUGUAGGUAAAGACACUGGAACUGAACCAGCAAAAAUAAAAAUGACAGAUGCAAAUAGUAUGGGGAGUUUGAAAUAAAAGAAAGCAAUCAUACAUCAUAUUUCAGGGUUAAGUGAAUACAUCGUUUUGUUUAGAAGCUAUUUUGGGUUUUUUUAAUUGCACGCUUUCUAUUUUCCUUCGUUCCGUAUUUUGUGGGAUUGGGUUUCAUUUGUUCCUAUAUUAGUUACGAAAAGAAUUUUUUAAAAAUAAAUGUUCAUGCCGCAUUAUCCCUGUACGUGUUUUCAACUGGAAAUAUUCUGUAAAUCAAUAUGCCUUGGAGUGGUUCUGUUUUUUAUAUAUAUAUAUAUUGUGGAGAGAAAGAGAUUUCUGCAAAUCUAUUCCUUGCAGCUUUGAAAAGAAACCUGAAUGCUAUCAGUGAAUCCAGCAUUGUUUGAAGCAAUGCUAAGAUUUUGCUCUUAAGGGCAGAUUCGAAAAUCACAGAAUAGACUCAAGGAAAUUGGAAGAGGUUUUAGAGUCUUCUAAUCCAACCCCAUACCAAGAGCAGAUAUCCCAGACAAGUGCUUGAAUUUCUGAAGUGAACACUUAAGCACCCUCACCUUGGCUGGGUAUUGCUAAUCUCAAGGGCCAUUUUUGCAUGCCAGUUUAAGCCAGGAAUCCUGGCUUCCUAAAUCAGGAUGCUAACAAGUGUAGAGCUGAUCCAUUCCUCGCAGUGUGUAAGCAGAAGAGGGGUAACGUUGAAAGUUAGAACUAGGGCCAACACCUAGAUUUUAAGCCAACCAUAAGCACUUGCAUGGACUCAAAAAUAAUCCUAAAUUCAGAUAUCAUAUAAACAUGUCCUUUCUUAGUUUCUUAAAAGCAAGCAGUUAAGAACUGGUACAUUGUGGUUUAUUAAGCUGUAGCAGGAAUGGAUUUUACUUUUAAAUGCACACCUUUAGUAUUGCAUUGCACGUGAUACAGAUAGACACAAAAUAGAGUUUUCUCAGGGUAUCUUCAAAUUUAUAUGUGUACACAUACACACACACACAAUGCCAUCAGAUUCAUAUUUAUAAAAGUUGGCCAAGCAAUAGACUUGUAAUUCUCUCCUUCAAUUCUCAUCCCUGGAAAUUAGAAUGUUAUCCAUACAGCAGCAGUUUCAUCUUUACAAUCAUAAUGUUUGCAAAUAAAUUUUGUCUGUGGAUCUGU